AUGGAUUACUCCGCAUCACGCCGAGGGAUGGAAGUGGGACGAAAGCGUCAAAACCCGCCGUUUGUUGUCAUUGUUAUUGGGGAGGUGUUUAACGCCUCCUCCCACCCUCUGUUCCCUGUCGCCCCAGCAGAGGAACUUCCCUUCGCCCUGCUGCCUGUCUGCAACACACCCGUCAUUGACUACAUCCUCGAGAAUCUCGCGGGAAAUGGAGCAAAUGAGAUUUAUAUUUUACUCAAUAGCGAGUCUGUGGCGCCAGUGUGUCAACAUCUGCAGGGCAACCGUACCGCCUGCAGCAGGCCGGGAAUGCAGGGGAGCGACUUGAAGGUGGAGGUUGUGGCGAGUACGCGUAAAAUGACAAACUUGUUUGAUGCCGCAACGCAGAUUUUGGAACAAAACAUUGUACAACAGAACUCAUCAUUUCUUUUUGUGCCGAUUGAUGCGAUUGCGUCCUUUCAGAAUUUGUCUGAUCUCUUGGAGACACACAUUCAGCGGACAAUGAAUAUUAAAAAUUACGCGGCAACGAUGCUGUGCGCGUCUGUCAAGUCUCUUCUGGAGGACACUCUUCAUGAUGUCCUUGUUGGGGAGCUUAACAAGCAAGAGCGUGCGGCCGGCAGCUCUAUAUUAGAGCGGGACUCUACGAGCACCGUUGGCGUGAACAUUGGCGCGGCAGAGAGACGCCCACAUACGGCUCCAGAAUACCUGCCGAAUCACUUGACGAUGUUUACGCUAGAAAAAUCGACAGGUGUUGUGCACAACAUGGUGCGUUUGGAGCAGGACGAGAAGCUGGCAGAGGCUGUGACGAUGAACUUUAGAAAAAAUGAAUCUCUUUCCGUGAGGACCGAUCUUGGGCCUACCGGGUAUUUUUUUUGUUCUGCAGGGGCAUUGUCGCUCUUUACAUUUCACACGGUGGAUGCACACUCAUUCUUCGUCAGCUUAUUGGCCAGUCAAGAGUUGUUUGGCAACGUCUUUGGCAUUCAAGCUGUGACACCACCCAUGGGCAUUAUACAACCCAUCAACAGUCUUAGGGCUUACAUUCAAGCAAACAUUGAUGUCUGCUUCCGCCGCAUGUUUCCUCUUACACGUGAAUCUAGCUUUUUAGGGGAUGGAUUUCGAUACGCUGUGUCGCCGCACUGUCAGAGUGUCUAUCUGCACCAGAAAAAGGCUGAGGUGCUCUCGAACACGUGUGGACCAUCGGUUGUUGUUGGGGAACAGGUAGUGGUACCACCCAACACAGUGAUACGUGGAACUGUUCUCGGGAAGGGAGUUCGGAUUGGCGAGGGCUCCACCAUUAUUGGUUGCGUUCUGCUGGACGGGGCAGUUGUUGGACGCGGCUGCUUCUUAAUUCGCUCCCUCAUUGGCUACAAUGUUGUUCUGAAUGAUAGGGCAGAGGUGUCAAACUCCAUUAUUGGUAGUGGCUGUAAUAUUGGCGUGGUCCCGUGCGGCAGUUGCAUAACUGAUAGUAAUUCCCCUCCAGGAGGGGUUGUUGUGCAGGAUAAAGCGAUUAUUAACUGCGAGGUUUCGCAGACUGAGGAGGGAAUCACUGGACAUGGGGGCCGAGGCAAGGCCCUGCCGAAGCGACAUGUCAACAACAUUAUUCCCACGCGGGAGCUCUUUGUGAGGGAUCCAGUUCCGUGUGAGGCGAGUGAGGCAUCCGACGAUAAUGAUGGUGACGAUGAUGAUGAUGACGAUUCAGAAAAGACGGCAGGUUUUAGGGAGGCGGUGGUAGAACUUGUGAAUCAAGCACUGAGGAAUCCCUCCCACAUUGAACAUUGCGUAUUUCAAAUGAGGAACACCCGUCUUUCAUUCGAGCGCAAAAAUAGUGAUCUCUGCUUCAUUGUAACGGAGCGUCUUCUAACACAUGUAUUAGAGAAACAUGGCCCCAGCCACGACCCGCGCCCCGUGAUUGAGGCGGUGAAUGGUCUUUUUGGGCAGUGGUGCCAUCCCUUCUAUCUGGAGAUGGUGACGGGGCAAGACGAGAUGCAGGCGAUAAUGGAGGCCACCUGCAUUGCCGUUGCUGAUAGAAACUGCCUGCUGCACCUGCGCGGCCCGCAGCUGUUGGAGUGCCUAUAUAACGGCUGCGACGAGGAGCUGUACGACGAACGUGGGUAUUGCAUCGUCAGCGGCGAAUCCCUCGUCGAAUUUGGGGCACGAGUGCGCCGGUUGGCGCGGGAGCGUGAGAUGUACGCCGAUGACAAUGAGGGGGAUGCACGGAAGGAGGGCAUGUUGCGCGUGGCGGUCAGUUGUUUGGGUUUUAUUGAUGGCGUGCGUGCCUUUCUUGAGGAGGAGGAGGAUUCGCAGGAAUGA